GACCAUUUCCUCAAUUUGCUGGCUGUGGAGACGCUGGGAGGGAGAGAGAGCUGUGUUAUACUUUAAAGGCUUCGAAGGAUUAAGACGCUGAAGGAUUUUACGAGGCUUUUAGCGUGUCGAAUGGCGUGCGUGGGGAUCGUGCGAUUCGGAGUUAUCGUUUUUCUUUGUCAGGUAUUGUGUGUGUACGCCGAGGAGUCGACAUGUAAACCUGGAUUUGAGUCGGAGCUGUUCGUUUUUAAAGUGCACAGAGAUCACCUCCACAGGGGGAAAAAACUAGGAAGAGUCAUUUUCAUUAACUUCGAUGGAAGAACAAGCGCACGCUUUCAUUCCGUUGACAAGCGGUUUGAUGUGAACACUGAUGGGAUGGUAACGCUGAAGCGACACGUGACUCUUCACGAAGGCCGCAAGCUGUUUUCUGUACACGCAUGGGACUCCAGUGGCCAGAAGCACACAGCUUCUGUCAAAGUGGAGCGUGUCCACCGUCAUAAUCACACAGAUACAGACAUGAGCAGCUUCUCUCCAGAGAUGGAAUUGCCCUCUCAUCAGGUUCUGACAUUUCCGAAGCCUUCGUGUGUAAAGAGAGUAAAGAGAGGUUGGGUUAUUCCUCCAAUCAGUGUACCUGAGAACAGCAAAGGUCCUUUCCCAAUGUUCCUGGUCCAGAUGAAGUCAGACUAUGCUAUGGAAACUCAAAUGAUAUACAGCAUCACGGGCGAAGGGGCAGAUCUGGAGCCGAAGAGGAUUUUCACUGUUGAGAGAUUAUCAGGGAAUGUCUUUGUAACUCAGCCACUCGACAGAGAAAAAAAAGCUGAAUACAAACUUGUAGCACAUGCUAAAGCACGUGAUGUGGAUAAAAUAGAAGAAAAACCAAUGCCAAUUAAUGUCAAAGUGAUCGACCAAAAUGAUAAUAGGCCUGAGUUUACUCAAAAUCCUUUCAACGGACAAGUUCAUGAAGCUGCUACAAAAGAUUUUGAGUUCAUGACAGUCACAGCCACUGAUAAAGAUGACCCAGACACAGAUAAUGGUAUAAUCAGAUAUUCAAUUGUCAGCCAAAAGCCGGAACUUCCAAAACCAAACAUGUUUGACAUCAACUCUUCAACUGGAACCAUUCGUGUGCUACAGACAGGCCUGGACAGAGAGCAAUGGCCCACAUAUACUUUAAUAAUUGUGGUUGCUGACAUGGAAGGAAAAGGUAUGGCAACCACUGGUACAGCUGUUAUUACUAUUACUGACAGCAAUGAUAACCCACCUAAGUUUGAUCCAGCUACGUACAACGUAUCUGUCCCAGAGAAUAAAGUAGGGCAUGAAGUGGCCAGACUAAAGGUUACUGAUGAAGAUGACGUUGGUUCACCAGCCUGGACAACCAAGUAUCGUAUUAUUAAUGGCGACAAGGGUGGGUUUUUCACUGUCAGUACUGGACCCAACACGGACGACUUCCAAGAGGGCAUCAUCACCACUGUAAAGCCCCUGGACUUUGAGAAGACCAAGCAGUACAUUCUGUUAGUGAUUGUUGAGAAUGAGGUUCCAUUUGUCGGCUCUUUUCCCACCUCGACUGCCACGGUCACAGUGAAUGUAGAAGAUGUAAAUGAACCUCCUGAGUUUAAUCCAAAGGAGAAGCUUAUUACCAAACGUGAAGAUACACCAGUUGGUACGGAAUUGGUUGUCUAUACAGCCAUUGAUCCAGACACUGCAAGAGCACAAAAGAUAACGUAUUCCAUGGGCAGUGAUCCCGAUAACUGGCUAAGUAUAUCUGCAGACACCGGAUCGAUUAAAGUCGCAAAAGAGAUGGAUAGAGAAUCUAUUCAUGUUAAAGAUGGAAAAUACACCGCUAUCAUUUUGGCCACAGAUAAUGAAGUAAAACAAAAUCAAGCGACUGGCACAGGAACCCUGGUAAUUGAUUUGGAGGAUGUAAAUGACAACGCUCCCUUUAUUGUUGAAAGGAAUAUACAAAUGUGCAAUCGUGAGGCGCCCCCAGUUCUUCUCUCUAUAGUAGACCACGAUGGACCUUUAUUUGCUCAACCCUUUAAUGUUGAGCCCCAAGGAGAAACGAGUAAAAACUGGUCAACCAUAAUGAACGCCACAUUAACUGGAGUUUUUCUGAAACUCGACUCUACAUUGGAGCAGGGAGACUACAAUGUUGUCCUGAGAGUGUUUGAUAGAUACAAGCUGUUUAAGGACAGCACCAUUCGAGCAACGGUGUGUGACUGUGCCAGAGAAGAGUUUCAUUGUACUGACAAACAGUUAGCAGGGAUGGGACUGUCUGGAGUGCUUGGGAUCCUGGGAGGAAUCUUGGCUCUGUUGUUGCUUGUUCUUCUUCUGCUUUUAUUCAUGAGGAGAAGAGGCAGCACCAAAAAAGAACCCCUCCUCGCUGAAGAUGAUAUUAGAGAUAACAUCUACUAUUAUGAUGAGGAAGGCGGUGGAGAAGAUGAUCAGGAUUAUGAUCUGAGUGUGUUGCAUCGAGGCCUUGACAACAGACCGGAAGUGUUCAGAAUAGAGGAUGUGGCACCUACUUUUCUGCCAGCACCUCAGUAUAGACCACGACCUGCCAACCCUGAGGAGAUUGGGACAUUCAUUGAUGACAAUCUGAAGGCUGCGGAUAACGACCCCACUGCACCUCCCUAUGACUCCCUGUUGGUGUUUGACUAUGAAGGAGGAGGCUCAGAUGCAGGUUCACUCAGCUCCCUCAACUCUUCCAGCUCAGGACACGACCAAGACUAUGACUUCCUCAAUGAGUGGGGCCCACGCUUUAAGAAGCUGGCGGACAUGUUUGGAGGAGGAGAGGAUUAAGCACACGGAGAGGCACAUUGAUGGUUGCUAAGUACAGAAAUGAGAAUUUUAUAUUACACUUCAGUCUGGUGAUUCACAUACUGUUUAAAGUUGGAACUGGAUUAAUGGCACUGUUCGUGCAUCAGCAUAAACAGAUUCUUUGACUUGAAGUGUUUUUGUUUUGUUUUUUUGUUUUUCUUGUUAUAGAGCAGCCAUCUGCAAUUUUUUUUUUUUUUUUUUUCGUCCUUGACUUGACCCCUUUAUAAAUGGAGCUCCUAAUCGAAAAGUUUUGAUAUUUGCUCUGGUUGCUCAGUGUGUAAAAAGCUAUGAUAUGGCUUAAGAUUUUUGUCCAAAGCUGUUUAACUGUGUGUUUUAUGUAAUGCUUUUUGUUACCUUUUGUUAACUUGGCAUUAAAGAUUGAUUUAAAGCAUGAUUUACACUGUAAAUGUACCAUUUUUGAAAAAGCACUGAUUUUUCAAAAACUUUGUAUGAUGUGCAGGUGUCUUAUUUCUAUCCACUUUUCUGUCAGCUGCAAGGAUGUUGUCAAAUUCUUUUAUAUAGUUAUGAUUGAAGCAUUGUUUUAAACUGCAUAUUUUAUUAAACAAAUUACUUUUA